GCCAGAGCGGAUCGCCAGGCUCCAGCGGAUGAGGAGCGCUUGUUGUUUAGUUUGACGGGCAGGCGCGCCAGCAGCUCCCAGAGCGGGCUGAUCAUGGCUCUGUCCAGAGCGCUCAGAUGCUGUCAGAGGAUUUUCUCCUGGAUCCCCGUCUCCAUCAUCUCCUCCGUGGUUCUCUGGUCUUAUUACGCCUAUGUGUUUGAGCUGUGCUUCGUGACUCUCAGUAAUGAUCUGGAGAGAGUGGGGUACUUGUUGAUCUUCCAUGUCUGUUUUAUAAUGUUCUGCUGGACGUAUUGGAAGGCCAUCUUUACUCCACCAUCUUCACCGUCUAAAAAGUUCCAUUUAUCGUACAGUGAUAAAGAGAGCUAUGAGAUGGAAGAAAGGCCAGAUGCUCAGAAGCAGAUUCUCACAGAAAUCGCCAGGAAACUGCCCAUCUGCACGCGCGCUCAGUCAGGAGCCAUCAGGUUCUGUGAUCGCUGUCAGGUGAUAAAGCCGGACCGCUGUCACCACUGCUCCGUCUGUGAAACAUGUGUUUUGAAAAUGGAUCACCAUUGUCCAUGGGUGAACAACUGUGUGGGAUUCUCCAACUACAAGUUCUUUCUGCUGUUCCUGUCUUACUCCAUGAUCUACUGCGUCUUCGUGGCAUCAACGGUGUUUCAGUACUUCCUCAAGUUCUGGGUGGGAGAUCUUCCCAACGGCCCUGCGAAAUUCCACGUGCUCUUCCUGUUGUUCGUGGCGCUCAUGUUUUUUGUCAGUCUCAUGUUCCUGUUUGGCUACCACUGCUGGUUGGUGGCUAAAAACAGAUCCACGCUAGAGGCGUUUUCUGCGCCAGUGUUUCAGAACGGGCCUGACAGGAACGGCUUUAACGUUGGGCUCAGCAGAAACCUCCAGCAGGUGUUUGGAGAGGAUAAAAAGCUCUGGUUUAUUCCAGUGUUCACGAGUCAGGGUGAUGGGCAUUAUUUCCCGCUGAGGACCCUGCGUGAAUCUGAGAAUCCUUUAUUGGCCAGUGAGGGGAAAUGGAUGGAGGACGGUGGGUCAGAUGAAGAAAGCGCAGAUGAAAAUGGACCUUCAGUCAUUAUUAGGACGGAAUCAUAAUCACCGGAGGGGAGGAAUACUCUUGGGAUCCCAGUUGAGAGAACGCACCAGUCCUUGAAUGAGACGACUGCAUUCCAGAUCCUGGAUCAUUCCAGAAAAGCCUGUUUCUAGAGAGCCAAAUAUAUCGGGAACAGUGAGGAUCUUCUUGUAAUGCUGAUUACUUAGAACUCGUGCUGAAGGUUAUCAAGUGUAUUGCUCAUCUUUUAUGAAACGGAGAGCCACAUCAGGACAAUCACUGGCAUUUCCAGAUGUCACAGUUUAUGAUCAUGCUUUGAUGAGGAGAGAUGGACAGCUCUGAUGAAAUAUGAUAUAUAUAUA